AUGUCUUCUCGUUAUUUUCAAAACCCCUACCUGAACUCUUGGGAGGACAGUGCUAAAAAAGUGAGUGAUGAGUGGCUUAAAGAGGAAGCAAGCCGUAUAAGUGAAAAAAUCCUCCGUGCUAGCUUUACCGACUACGAUGCAUACACCGGAGCAUCCGGGUUGUGUUAUGGUCUCCUUAGGGUGGCGGAAUUGAUUCCAGAAGGAAGAGUGGGAUUCUUCAAUUAUUAUAAAAGAGUCUUGGAACCAUAUUUGAAAAGCGAAGUAGAAAAGAAGUUACACGGCCAUACGUCUAAAGUACAGUCUCGGUAUUUGUUGGGUUCACUGGGGUCUUUCGUUAUUGGGAUUCUUUGCGAAUACGCAAACGGCUCACCUAAUGAGGGGUACCUAAAACGUAUCAGAGACAUCGCAGAAGUAGUUCAGCAGGAUGGGUAUCAAGGGCAUGGUGACGAUGAAAUGCUAGUUGGAAGAGCUGGUUAUUUAGCUGCUAUUCUGACACUAAAGGAGGCACUUGGUGAAAAAUUUGACACAAGUUUUGUCGUACCAGUGAUCAAAAAAAUGAUACAGUCAGGCCGCAACUAUUCUCGAACUAAUUCAUCUCCUGCACCUUUAAUGUAUGAAUAUCACGGCAGGCAGUAUCUCGGAGCGGCUCACGGCUUAAUGGGUAUUGUACAAAUGUUGCUGAGCUUUUAUGAGUAUUUGGACGCUGAAGAAAGGAAAGACGUGAUCGAAACUUUGGACUGGAUAACCACUCUGCAGUUUCCUAAUGGUAAUUUUCCAAGCAACUGCGCGAAACUAAGUCAAAAACGCGACGGCGAUGAGCUUGUUCAGUGGUGUCACGGUGCUGCGGGGGCUGUCUUCUUGUUUAUCGUUGCAUAUUUGAAACUGAAGGACCAGAAGUACUUAGUGGUGGCGGAAAAGGCGAUAGAUGUACUGUGGAAGAAGGGAGUCCUUUAUAAAGGUCCAGGAAUCUGCCAUGGUGUUGCAGGGAAUGGAUACGCAUUCUUGUUGUAUUACCGACUCACGGGGCAAAAAAAAUAUCUUGAAUACGCACAGUGUUUCGCUCGCGUGUUUUGUGGGUCCUCCUUUCAGUCUGCAGCUAGGACGCCCGAUAGUCCAUUUAGCCUCUAUGAAGGGCUAGCUGGUUCACUUUGUUACCUUUGUGAUCUUGUUCAGAUUGAACGUGCUCAGUUUCCCCUUGUUCCAAUACAUUUUAAUUAG